AUGUUGGUACCCCAUUUAUUUAGGGCUGCGCAUGAGCCCUCCGGAGUGCGCAGAAACAUGCUGCAGACACUCAAGCGACACGAAGCAGCUGAGAGCGAGCUACUCGCCACCCGCAGACACGUGGAGGCCCUGCAGCAGGUUGGGAGAGAGCUGUUGAGUAGGAGGCCCUGUGGCCAGGAGGACAUACAGACCAGGCUUCAAGGCCUGAGAAGCAAAUGGGAAGCUUUGAACCGCAAGAUGACUGAGCGUGGGGACGAGCUCCAGCAGGCUGGACAGCAGGAGCAACUCCUGAGGCAGCUGCAGGAUGCAAAGGAGCAGCUGGAGCAGCUCGAAGGGGCCCUACAGAGCUCGGAAACAGGGCAGGACCUGCGCUCCAGCCAGAGGCUGCAGAAAUGGCACCAACAGCUGGAGAGUGAGAGCCGGACCCUGGCUGCCAAGAUGGCUGCCCUCGCCUCCAAGGCCCAUGGCGUGGCCGCCUCCCCGGCCAUCCUGGAAGAGACCCAGAAGCACCUCCAGAGGCUGGAGCUUCUGCAGGGGCAUCUGGCCAUCCGGGGCCUGCAGCUGCAGGCCUCAGUGGAGCUGCACCAGUUCUGCCACCUGAUCAACAUGGAGCUCUCUUGGGUAACUGAGCAGAUGCCCCAUGGCAGCCCCACCAGCUAUACCGAGUGCUUGAAUGGUGCCCAGAGCCUUCACUGCAAGCACAAGGAGCUCCAGGUGGAGGUAAAAGCUCACCAGGGGCAGGUGCAACGGGUGCUGAGUUCUGGGCAGAGCCUGGCAGCCUCAGGGCACCCCCAAGCCCAACACAUCGUGGAGCAGUGCCAGGAGCUGGAAGGCCACUGGGCAGAGCUGGAGAGGGCAUGUGAAGCACGGGCCCAGUGUCUGCAGCAGGCUGUCGCUUUCCAGCAGUACUUUCUGGAUGUGUCAGAGCUGGAGGGCUGGGUGGAGGAGAAGCGGCCGCUGGUGAGCAGUCGGGACUAUGGCAGAGACGAGGCAGCCACCCUCAGGCUCAUUAACAAGCACGAGGCUCUACAGGAGGAACUAGCCAUUUACUGGAGCUCCAUGGAGGAGCUUGACCAGACAGCCCAAACCCUCACUGGCCCCGAAGUCCCUGAGCAGCUGCGUGUGGUGUGGGAGAGGCUCCGGGAGCAGCUGCGGGCACUGCAGGAGUUGGCGGCCACACGGGACCGGGAACUGGAGGGGACCCUGAGGCUGCACGAGUUCCUGAGGGAGGCCGAGGACCUGCAGGGCUGGCUGGCAAGCCAGAAGCAGGCAGCCAAAGGAGGGGAGAGCCUGGGGGAGGACCCCGAGCACGCCCUGCACCUCUGCACCAAGUUUGCAAAGUUUCAGCACCAAGUGGAGAUGGGCAGCCAGCGGGUGGCCGCUUGCCGGCUGCUGGCAGAGAGGCUGCUAGAGCGUGGGCACAGUUCUGGCCCCAUGGUCCAUCAGAGGCAGCAGGAUCUGCAGGCCGCCUGGUCGGAGCUGUGGGAGCUGACCCAGGCCCGAGGCCACGCGCUCCGAGACGCCGAGACCACCCUCAGAGUUCACAGAGAUCUCUUGGAAGUCCUCACCCAGGUCCAGGAGAAAGCCACGAGCCUCCCCAACAAUGUGGCACGGGACCUGCGUGGGCUGGAGGCCCAGCUGAGAAGCCACCAGGGGCUGGAGCGAGAACUCGUGGGCACCGAGCGGCAGCUGCAGGAACUGCUGGAGACUGCAGGCAGGGUGCAGAAGUUGUGUCCGGGGCCUCAGGCCCAUGCGGUGCAGCAGAGGCAGCAAGCUGUGACGCAGGCGUGGGCAGUGCUGCAGUGACGCAUGGAGCAGCGUAGGGCCCAGCUGGAGCGGGCAUGCCUCCUGGCCCGCUUCCGCACGGCGGUGCGUGACUACGCCCCCUGGGCAGCCCGCAUGCGCCAGGACCUGCAGGUGGAGGGGAGUUCGCAAGAGCCUAGCAGCGGCCCGCAGAAGCUCAGUGCCCACCAGUGGCUCCGGGUGGAGCUGGAGGCCCGGGAGAAGCUGUGGCAGCAGGCCACCCAGCUGGGCCAGCAGGCACUUCUUGCUGCAGGGACACCCACCAAGGAGGUCCAGGAAGAGCUUCGAGCCCUGCAGGACCAGCGGGACCAGGUGUAUCAGGCCUGGGCACGGAAGCAAGAGAGGCUGCAGGCCGAGCAGCAGGAGCAGCUCUUCCUCAGAGAGUGCGGCCGCCUGGAGGAGAUCCUCACGGCCCAGGAGGUCUCCCUGAAAACCAGUGCCUUGGGGAGCUCGGUGGAAGAGGUAGAGCAGUUGAUUUGCAAGCACGAGGUCUUCCUGAAGGUUCUGACUGCCCAGGACAAGAAGGAGGCAGCCCUGCGUGAGCGGCUGAAGACGCUCCGGCGCACCUGGGUGCGGGACCAGCUUCCCAUCCUGCAGCAGCGCCGGGUGAGAGUGAAGGAGCUGGCGGAGAGCCGGGGACACACCCCGCAUGCCUCCCUGCUGAUGGCCAGCUUCACCCAGGCCGCAACCCGGGCUGAGGACUGGAUCCAGGCGUGGGCCCAGCAGCUGAAGGAGUCGAUCCCUCCUGGGGACCCGAGAGAUAAGCUGAAGCCCCUGCUGAAACACCAGGCCUUUGAAGCUGAAGUCCAGGCCCAUGAGGAGGUCAUGACCUCUGUUGCCAAGAAGGGAGAGGCUCUCCUGGCACAGGGUCACCCUCGAGCCGGAGAGGUCUCCCAGCGGCUGCAGGGCCUGCGGAAGCACUGGGAGGACCUGAGGCAGGCAAUGGCCCUCAGGGGCCAGGAGCUGGAGGACAGGCGGAACUUCCUGGAGUUCCUGCAGAGAGUGGACCUUGCAGAGGCCUGGAUCCAGGAGAAGGAGAUGAAGAUGAAUAUUGGUGACCUGGGCCAGGACCUGGAGCACUGCCUGCAGCUCUGACGGUGGCUCUGCGAGUUCCGAGGAAACUCGGCCGGGGACACAGUGGGUGAUGCCUGCAUCAGGAGCAUCAGUGACUUGUCACUGCAGCUCAAGAACAGGGACCCUGAGGAAGUCAAGAUCAUCUGCCAGCGGCGAAGCCAGCUCAACAACAGGUGGGCGAGUUUCCAUGGCAACCUGCUCCGGUACCAGCAGCAGCUCGAAGGGGCCUUGGAGAUACACGUGUUGUCCCGAGAGCUGGACAAUGUCACCAAGAGGAUUCAGGAGAAGGAAGCCCUGAUCCAGGCCCUGGACUGUGGGAAAGAUCUGGAGAGCGUGCAGAGGCUGCUGCGGAAACACGAGGAGCUGGAGCGGGAAGUGCACCCCAUCCAGGCCCAGGUGGAGUCCCUAGAGCGUGAAGUGGGCCGCCUCUGCCAAAGAAGCCCUGAGGCAGCCCACGGCCUCAGGCACAGGCAGCAGGAGGUGGCUGAGAGCUGGUGGCAGCUCCGGAGCAGGGCCUAGAAGCGGAGGGAGGCGCUGGAUGCCUUGCACCAAGCUCAGAAACUCCAGGCAACGCUGCAGGAAUUGCUGGUCAGUGCCCAGAGGCUGCGGGCUCAGAUGGACACGAGCCCCACUCCUCGCAGCCCUGUAGAAGCCCGGUGUAUGUUAGAAGAGCAUCAGGAGUGCAAGGCCGAGCUGGACUCCUGGACAGACAGCAUCAGCCUGGCCCGAAGCACUGGGCAGCGACUGCUCACAGCGGGGCACACCUUCAGCUCCGACAUUCGCCAGGUGCUGGCUGGCUUAGAACAGGAGCUGAGCAGCCUGGAAGGGGCCUGGCAGGAGCAUCAGCUACAGCUGCAGCAGGCCCUGGAGCUACAGCUGUUUCUGAGCUCAGUGGAGAAGAUGGAACGUUGGCUUUGCAGCAAGGAAGACUCCCUAGCCAGUGAGGGUCUAUGGGACCCCUUGGCCCCCAUGGAGCCCCUUCUGUGGAAGCACAAGAUGCUGGAGCGGGACCUGGAGGUGCAGGCGGGAAAGAUCAGUGCUCUGGAGGCCACGGCCCGCGGCCUGCACCAGGAUGGGCACCCCGAGGCCCAGAGUGCCCUGGACAGGUGCCAGGCCAUGCUUCUGAGGAAGGAGGCGCUCUUCAGGCAAGCCGGGACCUGCCGCCAUCGCCUGGAGGAGCUCCGGCAGCUGCAGGCCUUCCUGCAGGACUCCCAGGAGGUGGCUGCGUGGCUGAGGGAGAAGAACCUGGUGGCCUUGGAGGAGGGUUUGCUGGACACAGCCAUGCUGCCAGCACAGUUACAGAAGCAGCAGAAUUUCCAGGCGGAGCUGGACGCGAGCAUGCACCAACAGCAGGAGCUGCAGCGGGAGGGACAGAGGCUGCUGCAGGGGGGCCACCCAGCCUCGGAGGCCAUCCAGGAGCGACUGGAGGAGCUGGGAGCACUCUGGGGUGAGCUGCAAGACAACUCCCAGAAGGUGGCCAAGCUCCAGAAGGCCUGUGAGGCCCUGCGUCUGCGGUGGAGCAUGGAGGAACUGGAGAACUGGCUGGAGCCCAUCGAGGUUGAGCUGAGAGCCCCCACUGUGGGCCAGGCCCUGCCUGGGGUGGGCGAGCUCCUGGGCACACAGAGGGAGCUGGAGGCAGCAGUGGACAAGAAGGCCGGGCAGGCUGAGGCACUGCUGGGCCAGGCCCAGGCCUUUGUGAGGGAAGGCCACUGCCUUACCCAAGAUGUGGAAGAACAGGCCCGGCGGCUGCUUCAGAGGUUCAAGAGCCUGAGGGAGCCACUGCAGGAGCGCAGGAUGGCCCUGGAGGCCCGGAGCCUCCUCUUGAAGUUCUUCAGGGACGCCGACGAGGAAAUGGCCUGGGUGCAGGAGAAGCUGCCUCUGGCCGCUGCCCAGGACUAUGGCCAGAGCCUGAGUGCGGUGCGGCACCUGCAGGAGCAGCACCAGAACCUGGAGAGUGAGAUGAGCAGCCACGAGGCUCUGACCCGGGGUGCUGGGCACUUUGCUGCCCACGAGGUGGCCGCCCGGGUGCAGCAGCUGGAGAAGGCCAUGGCCCACCUGCUGGCAGAGGCGGCGUGGAGGCGGCUUCUGCUGCAGCAGGCUCAGGAGGCCCAGCAGUUUCUGACUGAGCUCCUGGAGGCGGGAUCCUGGCUGGCUGAGCGGGGCCAUGUCCUGGACAGCGAGGACAUGGGCCACAGUGCUGAAGCCACACAGGCCCUUCUGCGGCGGCUGGAGGCCACCAAGAGAGACCUGGAAGCGUUCAGCCCACGCAUCGAGCGGCUGCAGCAGACAGCAGCACUCCUGGAGAGCAGGAAGAACCCAGAAAGCACCAAGGUGCUAGCCCAGCUGCAGGCAGUUCAGGAGGCCCACGCAGAGCUGCUGCGGAGGGCGGAGGCCAGGGGGCACGGGCUGCAGGAGCAGCUGCAGCUACACCAGCUGGAGCGAGAGACCCUGCUCCUCGACGCCUGACUGACCACCAAGGCGGCCACCGCCGAGUCCCAGGACUACGGGCAGGACCUGGAGGGUGUCAAGGUGCUGGAAGAGAAGUUUGAUGCUUUCAGAAAGGAAGUGCAGAGCCUGGGCCAGGCCAAGGUGUAUGCCCUGAGGAAGUUGGCAGGCACCCUGGAGCGGGGUGCACCCAGGCGCUAUCCCCACAUCCAAGCCCAGAGGAGCUGCAUUGAGGCCGCUUGGGAGAGGUUGGACCAAGCAAUAAAAGCCCACACAGAGAACUUGGCUGCAGCCCAUGAGGUCCACAGCUUUCAGCAGGCAGCGGCUGAGCUCCAGGGAAGAAUGCAGGAGAAGACGGCCCUGAUGAAGGGAGAGGACGGAGGCCACAGCCUGUCAUCUGUGCGGACCCUGCAGCAACAGCACAGGCACCUGGAGAGAGAGCUGGAAGCUAUGGAGAAGGAGGUGGCACGGGUACAGACGGAGGCCUGCCGACUGGGCCAGCUACAUCCUGCAGCUCCGGGGGGCCUGGCCAAGGUACAGGAGGCCUGGGCCACCCUGCAGGCGAAGGCCCAGGAGCGAGGCCAGUGGCUGGCGCAGGCUGCACAGGGCCAUGCCUUCCUCGGGCGCUGCCAGGAACUGCUAGCAUGGGCACAGGAGAGGCAGGAGCUGGCGUCCUCCGAGGAGCUGGCUGAGGACGUGGCGGGGGCUGAGCAGCUCCUUGGGCAGCAUGAAGAGCUGGGGCAAGAAAUCAGGGAGUGCCGCCUUCAAGCCCAGGACCUGCGGCAGGAAGGACAACAGCUGGUGGACAACAGCCACUUCAUGUCUGCGGAGGUGACAGAGUGCCUGCAGGAGCUGGAAGGGCGGCUGCAGGAGCUGGAAGGGCGGCUGCAGGAGCUGGAGGAGGCUUGGGCCCUGCGCUGGCAAUGCUGUGCCGAGAGCUGGGGCCUGCAGAAGCUUCGGCAGAGGCUGGAGCAGGCUGAGGCCUGGCUGGCCUGCCGGGAGGGCCUCCUGCUGAAGCCCGACUAUGGGCACUCAGUGUCAGAUGUGGAGUUGCUGCUGCACAGACACCAGGACUUAGAAAAGCUGCUGGCAGCCCAGGAAGAGAAGUUUGCCCAAAUGCAGAAGACAGAGAUGGAACAGGAGCUCCUGCUGCAGCCACAGGAGCUGAAGCCCGGGAGAGCUGGCAGCUCGCUGACAUCCUUUCAGUGGAGGCCCUCUGGACACCAGGGGCUAGGAGCACAGCUGGCUGAGACGAGGGACCCCCAGGAUGCAAAGGGUACCCCCACCAUGGAGGGGUCUUUGGAGUUCAAGCAGCACCUGCUGCCUGGCGGGAGGCAGCCUAGCUCGAGCUCCUGGGACAGCUGCCGCGGGACCUUGCAGGGCAGCUCUCUGAGCCUGUUCCUGGAUGAGAGGAUGGCAGCGGAGAAAGUAGCUUCCAUAGCCCUCCUUGACCUCACGGGAGCCCGGUGUGAGAGGCUGCGGGGCCGCCAUGGCAGGAAACACACAUUCUCCUUAAGGUUGACCAGUGGGGCAGAGAUCCUGUUUGCAGCACCGUCCGAAGAGCAGGCUGAGAGCUGGUGGCGAGCCCUGGGCAGCACUGCAGCCCGGAGUCUGAGCCCAGAACUCAAAGCCAAACCUGUCAGCUCUCUGAAUGAGUGCACGACCAAGGAUGCCCGGCCUGGAUGUCUACUCAGGUGGGACACCUGGGUGGGGGAAGCAGGGCGGGGAGCCCUGGGCUUCAGUGGCUGGCAGGCGCUGUCCUCUGAAGCCUGAGGUUCUGGGCCUCAGAAUUACUCUGUUGGGCUGUAGGGAAAUGUUUUGGAACCCUCAGCUGCCCCUGCCCACUCUCAGCUGAGAGGAAUCCAGGCCACAAAGCCCAGAUUUCCACAGACUCGACAGUGGUCCCCUCCCAGGGCUCACUCCAUGCUCUGGUGUGGGGACCCUGUAGACGAAGCUGCCCAGGCUCCCUGUGCCCUUCCUGCUCAGCUGCUUGUGGGAGGAGCAGCCAGGUUUCCCUCUGCCCAGUGCUGAGAGCCUGCCUGGGUUUGUUUCCCGUGCACUCCUCACUUUCCUCCCUCCUCUCCCCUCUCCAAGGCACAGCACAUUGGCAGGACAGCCAGACCCUGCCCCACCCUUGUUCCAACCCGUUCUCUACCUGGUCCUCCCCUGCUUUCCCCAAUCCCCACUCCAUGGCAAUGGAGAGGGCCAGCACGUCCCGGCCUGCAGGCCAGGGAGGAGAUGCGAAGGUGGAUGUGCGGGGGCAGGAGGCUCUUACCUGGCUCCUCAGUCCCUCCUUGUAGAUCCCAGCAUCAUUUCGAUGCUCAACCCCCCUCACCCACAUCUCCUUCCCUUCCAAACCAGAGGGCUUCAGGCUCUCCAGGGGGAGGGGACACCUGAGGUUAGGUGAAAGUGGAGGAGGGACUGGAGACAGGCAAAUCCUCCGUGCAUGGGCCCCAUGCCAGGAUGUGCCUAGACGUGCACACGCAUAUACAGCCGUGUGCCUGGAGGGCUCAUACCAUGAGGGGUGGCAGCCGCGGCUGUGGU